AUGAAUAGAUACAAUCUUGUAUUUUUCAUAAUAUUCCUUACGUUUUUGCUUCCAGGACCUCCAAGUACCCCCAUAAAUUCAGAUGAUCAAUAUGACAAGUUGGUUCAGUUUAAACAUCACUUAUAUCAGUCUUAUGAAAAUUUUCAAAAUCUUACAUAUGAUGAAAAUUGGCAAAACUUGACAGGCUUCCAAUUGAGUUAUCAAGAUGUUUCAAAUGGUCAUGUAAAUGAAACAUAUCCAAUACCUGGUAAAGAUUAUACUCAUUGGGAAGAUAAUCAAAAUUAUUCCAUAUUACCCGAUGAAAUAACUAAUAACGCUAGAAAAGUCUGGAAUAAAGAACAAGAUAAUGAAGAUGAUCAAAAUAAGAACUAUUAUAGAAAUAUAUCUGCAACUCUAUAUGGUGAUUUUAUCAAUUCUAAUAAUUCAUUCGUUAAAAUGCCAAUAACAUUACCAAAUUAUCUUCAUAAUUAUGAUCCAGAUCUUAGCAGUUCAGAUUCACUCAUAGGAACAACUGGGAAUAUCACAUAUCCUUAUGGGAAUACAAAAAUUGAUAUAUCAAUAGUGAAACAAAUUAAUAAAAAAUCAUUCAAUCGUCUUGAUUCUAAGAUAAAACUUAUUAAUAUAGAUUUUGAAUUUUCAGAUCAAGAUGAAUCUUCAAAACAUUCUAUUGAAACUAAAGGUUUUUAUUUUGUUGAAUCUGGUAAUAUUAUAACGUCAACAUCAAGUGCUAAAUUUUUGAGUUUGUAUGGUGGUUUGCAACAUUUAACUUUUGAUGAAUUGAAAUUUCUAGAUGCGAAGAAUUUAACUUUAUCAUAUAUGGAACAGUCAUUGUUCAAAACUUUGAAAGCCAAGGAUAAUUUAGAUAUCAAUUUUAAUUACUUAUAUCAAAUGAUACAAUCAUCAGAAUCGCAUUGUGAAUAUAUUGGUUAUUUCCAUUUGAAUAAAGUAAAUUUAACUUUAGAUGAAAUCAAAAAUUUAGAUGAAGAAUUAAUAAAUCCAAUCGGCCGUCCAAUUGAUUUUGAUAAAGUUCCAAAGUUAAAUCUAUCGGGUUUAUUAUAUUCCCCAGACUGUGCAAUUAAUUUAGAAAUCCCUAAAGCCAUUGGUAUUAAAAAGGAAAUUCAAAUUUUCCAAUUACAUCAAAUUAUUAUUGUUGGUAUAAUUUUACUAUUAGCACAAAUUUUCUUAAUAAUGAAGCAAAUGAACCAAACAAAUACACCUUCAACAAUUUCUAGAAUUUCAUUUUGGUCAAUUUGUCUCAUGAGUUUAGUUGAUGGAUCUUUAUCAAUGCUUUAUUUAUUGAGUUCUGCGGUUCUGAACAAACUUUAUUUACCCUUAACUGUUAGUGCUUUCUUAUCCUUUAUACUAGCAUCAAUAUUUGAAAUGAGAUAUAUGAUAAGUAUAUACGUUUCACAGUUAAACGAAAGAACUUUAAGUUUAUUUACUGCUUUACAAGGAAGAGCCAUGGAUGAUAAUUCAGACGAGUAUGGAGACCAACAAGGUCAACCACCUCAGCAACAGGAGCAACAACAGGAACAACAACCAGCAAAUGAUCCAAUACAAGAUGAAUCACAAGUUAGCGGUGCUAUUUAUUCAAGGUUUUUUUUCACUUUAAUUGUUUUCACAUUUUUGAUUUUAAACUCUGUUAUGUGGCCAAAACAUUUAAGAAAGAAUUUUGAAUAUGGUUUACUAUUACUAUUGAACUCAUAUUGGCUACCACAAGUUUAUAGAAAUAUUAUCAGAGGAUCUCAUCGUUCUUUUAAAUGGUGGUUUAUUGGUGGAACAACUCUUAUUAGAACAACACCUAUUUUUUACAUUUUUGUUAUGAAAUCAAAUGUUUUCCAACAUCAUUAUGAUCCAACAUAUUUUGCAAUAGUAAUUGCUUGGUUAGGUUUCCAAAUAUUAUUACUUUUCCUGCAAGAAAUUUUUGGUGCAAGAUUUUUCUUACCAAAAUCAUUAUUACCACAAACAUAUAAUUAUCAUCCUGUUUUGACAGAACAAGAUCUAGAAUCAGGAUUUGGUAUUGAACAUAAUCAUGAAGCUAUUGAUGAUCCAACAACCACCAUCAAUAAGGAUUCAGGUGAUGGUUCUUGCACAAUUGAUUGUGCAAUUUGUAUGAAUUCUGUCAACUUGCCAGUUUUGAAAUCUAAUUUCGAUCAACCAUCCAAUUUCAUUGCUAGAAGAAGUUAUAUGGUUACACCUUGCAGACAUAUAUUCCAUACCCAAUGUCUUGAAGCUUGGAUGAAACGCAAUUUUGUAGAUAUUGAUAAAGUUGAAGCUAAAUGGAAAAAAUGCCAAUUCUUGCCAGGUGCUGCUGAAUUAAUUAAAUAUCUUGAUUCCAAAAAAAUCCCAUUUGCAUUAGCAACAUCAUCAAAUAAAAUUAAUUUUGAACGUAAGACUGGUCAUUUAAAAGACAUCUUCAAUCUUUUCGGUGAACAUAUUGUUACGGGUGAUGAUGAAAGAAUUCCAAAAGGUAGAGGUAAACCAUUUCCAGAUAUUUGGUUAGCGGCUUUAAAAUCAUUAAAUUCUAAAUUAUCAACAGAUGAAGCAGAGAUCAAACCUGAAGAAUGUCUUGUUUUCGAAGAUGCAUUACCGGGGCUUAUUGCUGGUAAAGCUGCUGGUGCUUUUGUAAUUUGGGUUCCAGAUCAUAGAGCUUUGAAAGUUAUGAAUGGUGAGGAACAUAACCAUAUUGCUGGACAAGGUGAAUUAUUGAAUUCUUUAACAGAAUUUCAAAAAGAAAAAUACGGAUUAUAA